CACUGGAUUCUGCUAAAUUAGGCAAAUGACACUUUAUUAAGACACCAGAGCCAUGCUCCCAGCAUCAAUGGCGACCUUGAGGUCAUCACUGGCAGCAGCUACACGACUUAGCCUCGCAGCCACACGAUGCCACGCAACUCUUGGAACUCAGCAUGUCCAAGCGUCUGCCACGGCGAUCAAGGAGGAUGUGCAGUUUCCUGUGAGUGCCACGGUAUCCGAUCCAGCUCCUGCGCAGACGACAGCUGUGAGCUUUGAGACUGUGUGCAACAGAGUUGUGCAGGGCAAUGAAGUGGGCAUACCGACCGGCGCUGUGGUCGCGGCUUUGCGCAAGUUGCUUACAUCACCUCGGCAAGAUCCACGCGUGAUGGAGUGCUUUGCUCACAGCAUACUCUGGCGGUCACGACGCAUGGACCUCGCAAAUCUCUGCACCCUGCUCGGUCUGCAUGCCAAACAUCAGAAGGACAGUGAAAUGGAGCAACGAGUGGUGGAGCAUCUACGAACAGUCGUACGAGAGCGACUGUCUGAAGCCCGGACGGUCAAAGACAUUGUGUGGCUUCUGGAGACUGCAGAGCACAUGGGUGCCGUGGAACACAGGCGGAAGUUCGUGCUCGAGGUGCAAGACCGGGCCCUGCAGCUGGUGAUCUCUCUUCCGCACUCGGAUGUGCGCUUGCUCGUGCGCACCUUGGCACGGCUGAAGUUGCGGCCGACACCCUUGCUCCAGGCAGCAGCCUUCUACCUGUCCAAGGGGCCUUCAGGACGCUUCCCCGAAAGAAUCGUCAGCCUCUUUCAUGCAUUUCAUUCGCUGAGCUUCCCUGAGCCAUCAGUGCUGCUGCAGCUGUCUGGAGCUUUUGUGGAGCAGCUUUCAGACAACAUCAAGGCUUCUCUGGUUGCAGCAUGCUUUACGGGUGUAGGCCAGUUGUCUUGGAGGCAUUGUGAGCUACUAGAGUCAUGCUCCAGCUGGAUGGUGACACAUCGUGCCUCUUGCCGUCCAAAUGACUUCACCUCUUGUCUGCUUGCCCUGGCACGGCUGCAGUACAUGCCUGAGUGUUCGGACCAGCUUUUCCCAAUGCUGCUCGAGGAACUCUCUCAAGAACACUUCACAACCAUGCCCGCUGUCUGGCUUGACAUUGUCUGGUCACUAGCAGCGCUUGGCAAAGUCCAGCAGACACACCUGGACUCCGUUCUCCAGCCUCAUUUUUACACUCCUCUUCUGGAGGACUCGUCUCUUGCUGUACCCUCAAGGCAAAAGCUGCUCAACAUAAUCGCCGUGAAUGACUUGGAAUUUCCUGAUGGUCCUUGUUUCCCAAAAGAAAUGGUAGAAACUAUUGUUGAGAACCACAAGGUGCCAGAAGCAGGAGCCCUGCAGCGUUCCGUCAGGGAAGCACUGACGCAGCUUGCACCUCUAGGGAGGUACCUGUCGCAGAACCCAAGCCUACCCUAUGGACUUACUGCAGAUGGUAAAUUGGUUGUGGACAAAAAUGCGCAGCCUGUUCUGCUUGACUCGAAGCCUGAGCCAGAUCACCACAGAAUUGCACUGGUGGUGCUCGACUAUAAGGAUCUCACAUUGCACAGCCCAGUGCCAACGGGCAUUAAUGCUCUUCGGAUGCGACUACUCAAACAUCUCGGCUACAAGGUGUUGCAGGUUCCCUACACGGAGUACGAUGACAAAAAACCUGCCUUGCAAAGAGUCAGGUACCUGCAUGAGAAGUUACUCCAGUGUGUUGCUAGGCCCUAAAUACCACUGUACAUAUUAGACUGCUGCUCCUUAUUAAAAUAAAUGCAUAAAGCUAAAACAA